CAGACAGUCUGGUGAAGGUGCAGGAAGUAGCAAGCUGGCUGUUGGAGAUGAACCAAGAACUGCUGUCUGGGGGCAGCAGCAGGAGACGGCCACGCCCGGGCGGCCCACAGCGAGGUAACGCCCACUCUGCCCGUCCAGCCAAUCAGGCGGCGGCGGCAGCCAGUGAGGAGGGCGUGGCAGAGGAAGAGGAGCAGAUGAACCAGGUGCUUGAGGAGGAAGAACAGCAGCAAGACAGAGAGGGAGACAGAGAGGAGCAGGGCGGCGCAGAGCCCUGGGCGUCAGGGGAGCCCGCGGGGAGGGACAGACGCUUGGAAGACUCUCGGAACGAGGUGAACGGAGGAGAGAAAGGCGCACGGUGGGCCUGGGAGCAAGAGCAGCGGCAUCGCCAGCGGCAACAGGAGGAGGACGAGGAGGAGAACAAUAACAGCGGCGGCGAUGGAGGAGUGGCCCCUCCGCAGGCGGAAAGGGAGGAUGAACGGACAGAGAGAGAGGAAAGAGGGAGAGAGGAUGAGGAUGGAGAGGUGGUUGAAGAUGAAGAGAUGGAUCAGGAGAGCGAUGAGUUCGAGCAUUCGGAGGACAGCGAGCGAGAAGAGGAAGAGGAGGAAGAGGAGGAGGAAGAGGAGGAAGGCGUCCACUCUCCCUCCGUCAGGGGCGGUGUGUCGGACUCUAAUGACAACACGGGUCAGCGGUCAGGCCGACAGCACCAGAACCAGAACCCUCCUUCACUCUUCACGAACAAGAUGAAGAGAAAGUUGGACCAUGGCCCAGAGGUCCGGUCUUUCCCUUCAGGCAAAAAACCCUGUCCGAGCCCCACUGGUUUGGUGCCCUAUCCGCCCACUCCGACCACUUUUCGGGAUCUGCGUGCGGGGAACGGGCAGAGCCAGCAGAGACGCAGAAUCGCAUCCAUACAGCCUCCCUCUGGUCUACAGGAGUGGCUGCGCACUUUUCAGAGCUGGAGUGGUCCAGAGAAGCUGCUUGCCCUGGAUGAGUUGAUUGACAGCUGUGAGCCCACACAGGUGAAGCACAUGAUGCAGGUUAUCGAGCCGCAGUUCCAGCGAGAUUUCAUCUCCCUACUGCCCAAAGAGUUGGCGUUGUAUGUACUGACAUUUCUGGAGCCGAAGGAUCUCCUGCAGGCUGCUCAAACGUGUCGUUACUGGCGAAUCCUCGCCGAGGACAACCUGCUGUGGAGGGAGAAAUGUCGCGAGGAAGGCAUUGACGAGCCGUUACACAUUAAAAGGAGGAAAGUGGUGAAACCAGGAUUCGCCCACAGUCCAUGGAAGAGUGCCUACAUCAGACAACACAGAAUAGACACAAACUGGAGGAGGGGAGACCUCAAAUCACCAAAGGUGCUUAAAGGACAUGAUGAUCACGUGAUAACCUGUCUGCAGUUCUGUGGAAGUCGCAUCGUCAGCGGUUCAGAUGAUAACACACUCAAAGUGUGGUCUGCUCUGACAGGCAAGUGUCUCAGGACGUUGGUGGGACACACGGGUGGCGUCUGGUCCUCUCAGAUGAGGGACAACAUCAUCAUUAGCGGUUCCACGGAUCGGACGCUGAAGGUGUGGAACGCGGACACGGGAGAGUGUAUCCACACGCUGUACGGUCACACCUCCACCGUGCGCUGCAUGCACCUGCACGAGAAAAGGGUGGUGAGCGGGUCACGGGACGCGACGCUGCGUGUGUGGGACAUCGAGACGGGGCAGUGUUUACACGUCCUGAUGGGGCAUGUGGCAGCCGUGCGCUGUGUUCAGUAUGACGGCAGGAGAGUGGUCAGUGGAGCCUAUGACUUCAUGGUCAAAGUCUGGGAUCCUGAGACAGAGACCUGUCUGCACACACUGCAGGGCCACACCAACAGAGUCUACUCACUACAGUUUGAUGGUGUGCACGUGGUGAGCGGGUCACUGGACACAUCUAUCCGUGUUUGGGAUGUGGAGACGGGAAACUGCAUCCACACGCUAACUGGACACCAGUCUUUGACCAGUGGCAUGGAGCUAAAGGACAACAUCCUGGUGUCUGGGAACGCAGACUCCACUGUCAAGAUCUGGGACAUUAAAACUGGCCAGUGCCUUCAGACACUGCAGGGUCCUCAUAAACACCAGAGUGCAGUGACAUGUUUGCAGUUCAAUAAGAACUUUGUCAUUACCAGCUCUGACGACGGGACGGUCAAACUGUGGGACUUGAAAACGGGGGAGUUUAUCCGGAACCUGGUGACCCUGGAGAGCGGAGGCAGCGGCGGCGUGGUGUGGCGUAUUCGGGCCUCCAACACCAAACUGGUGUGUGCGGUAGGCAGCAGGAACGGCACAGAGGAAACCAAACUCUUGGUCUUGGACUUUGAUGUGGACAUGAAGUGACCGUCUUGGCAGAGAGGGACCAUGAAAGAGUGGGGGCAGGG